AAUUAAGGCUUUGAAAGAGCUUCUCAUUCAGUGUGAGUCGAGACCUGCCUUAAAGAAGUUAGAAAGAGCUUAGAAGCUGGGGAGAAGCACAUCUUUGUGUCCAAAAAGCAUAAGGAACGAAAGAAGAAGUGUCACAUCAGUCUAAAAAAACAGGAUUCAGCAUUGAGAAAGUCAAAGAAGUCAUGGAUCUGAAAGUAAAGCUGUUAGUUGUCCUCCCUGUUAUUUUCCUUUUCAUGGAAGUCGUACCAAGUCUCGGAUUCCGCCGAUACAAGAAGCCCUUCCCUACACGACUACCAAAUGUCAUAACCAAAGAACAAUGUGGGAAAGUGUGGCCUAAACUUCCAUCGAAGAAAUCUAGUCGCUUCCUGAGAGGCCCAGUGUGCACCCGACCUGAUGACACCGUUCUGUUCGAAAAGCUGAAGGAUAUUGGUGGCUUUAACCCUCGAUACGUGGCAAUCAACCGGACAGAGGCCAUGAAAUUUCCAAAUCUCCUCGCAGAUAGGAACUCUGUGGCUGUUACCCGACCCCCAAAACUGCACACCGUGAAGGCUUCCGUCAGCAACUCCUCAGUUGGGAAGAAAAUAGGAAAGAGAGAAGCAGACAAUUUACCCAGGGCUGCAGGCACUAUCCUGGAUCAACAAUGCUUUGAUGCAGGUUCCAUUGUUGAAGGAAGCGGCUUACGGCGUCUCUGCAGCGAAUGCUCAGCCAUCACGCAGCUACCAGAUGAUAUCUUCCCUCGAUUCAUCAAUGAGAUUAUCUGCGAAGAAAGCAGCGAGUCCUGUGGCUCUCCACUUAUAGGCCUAUGUCAGCAGAGGAAUUUGGAAUUUAGGUUUCUUCAAUUCACAGGAAAUUUUAGAAGAAACUUCCUGCUUAGUCUAAUACUUAAUUUGGAUGUGUUUGUCGAAGAUACAGUCGAGUUUGAUCAAGAUGUUAGAGGAUGUUGCGAAUGCCGCACAUUCAGGGCAUGAAUAAUUUUUAAAAGUGCCAGACGCGGUAAUGAACUAUUCUUUAUGAAGUUCAAUUUUAGUUCAGAUCUAUUUCCUAGUAGCCUUUAUUGAUGCGCAAUAUAUUUUAGAGAAGCACUAACAAAGACACGUUCAUUUCAUUAUCUAUUAGAUUUUGCAAGACUAGUGGGGAAAUCGCCUACGUGGCGAAUUUCGCAAGGCAGUGGCAUUUAAAGCGAAGGAUUCUAGAUGGGAAAGUAUUAUUUGAUUGCGAUAAAGAACUUACUCUCAAUAUCUCUGCUUUUAAAGACGCACAACGGAAGUUUCAGGAAAAUGACAGGAACUGCAUUUUUUAAUAUAAAUUUCAAAGCACAAUGUGAUGAUGUGAUUACCACAGCAACAUGCGAUAUGCUAAUGUUUUGAUCUAAGUUAAAUUUUUCCUGUGUAAAAGUAAAAACGAUUGUACUAAAUAUAGAUAUUGUACUUGAUAAAUGUGGGGGUAGAGUCUACCUUGGCAUAAAGUGCUCAAUGCUGUCGUAGCAGAGCUGAGUAUAUAUAAGUGAAAGAAUCAAAGAGGACGCAUCGAUUCUCUGUUACGAGCGCUUAGGCGCGAA